CGGUUAGCUUCUCUAGGUUAACAUCUGUUAGCUCCACUUUCUGGGGUCUAUCGUCUCUAAAACUAAAUCUUUAUCCUCUAAACUUUUUACUUUCACUGCGUUUCUUCACGAAGCAGCUGCAGUCCGAACUCUACAAACUGCGGGGUGGAUUUCCAGUUCCUCCUCCCGUCAUGUCUCACAACUACCCCUACAGACCUCCGCCCUCCGACUCUGAUCUCAGAUCCGAUCCUGGACCUUACGGCUCUUCGGACCGACGCCACGCCUCCUCAUCCUCCUCGUCUGACUUUUACACGCAGCCUCUGGAGUCCGACAUGCCGCUUUCCCCAUCCUCCAGAGGGUCUUUCUGGUCUCAGGACGGGGGCCUCAGCAUCCUGAGCAGCUGUGGUCUGGAGCCCGCAGACCUGGCUCUGCUUGCUGAACUUCCAGAAGACGUUCUGACCGUGGAGUCCCUGCCUCAGGUCCUGAAGCAGAUCAAGGGAAAGAGAGGCACCAUCAAACGUUUGAAUACUCCUUCCUCUUCCUCUUCUUCUUCCUCUUAUCCCCCCAGGUCCUCCACCACCAGCAACUGGGAUCCUCCCCACAACCAGCCGGUCCAGUACCCACUGAGCCACUUAACACUCGGGCCUCUUUUACCGGAGCUGGACCGCUGGGGGAAUCCCAUCCCCUUCAGCUCACCAUCAUCGUCCGUUUCUUCCAGCUUCGUGGUGGACUUCAAGCCAGGACCUUCUGGCAAGACGGGUGUCGACGUCGGUCCCUUUUCCCCUCCAGACUACAACUCUGGACUCUCUGAGUUCGGCAAGAAAGUCAGUGGUCCAGUUGUCUCUCAAGACUACAUCUACAGACCAGGACCUUCUGAUUAUGGCAAGACAUUCAGAGAUGCAGGUCCAGUAUCCUCUCAAGACUACAACUACAAUUCCAGACCUUCUGAUCUUGGCAAGACGGGCAGAGAUGCAGGUCCAGUAUCAUAUCGAGACUACAACUACAGACCUUCUGAUCUUGGCAAGACGGGCAGAGAUGCAGGUCCAGUAUCAUAUCGAGACUACAACUACAGACCUUCUGAUCUUGGCAAGACAGGUAGUGAUGCAGGUCCAGUUUCCUCUCUAGACUACAAUUCCAGAACUUCUGAUUAUGUUCAGGCGAGCAGAGACGCCUGUCCACUGUCCUCUCUGGACUACAAGCACGAAUCCGAACCUUCUGAUUAUGGUAAGACGGGCCGAUACACCAGUCCAGUUUCCUCUCUAGACUACAACCAUGGAACAGCACCGCCUGAUUUUGGUAAGAAAGGCACCGUCGCAGGUCCAGUUUCCUCGCAGGUCCGACCAUCUUUCGGCCCUACAGGACGGGGGGAAAAAAUUCGUCCUUCCCGUUUCUCUCAGCCGACUGAUCACGGUUCAAUUCCUCCUCCUGAAGAGCAGCUUCUCAAUCGUGGUUCUGGUCACGGUGGACCUGAGGUUUAUUCCAGCAGCACCAUGAUUCCCGCCAAGGAGAAAGCCCAGGAUUUCCACGGGACGUCUCCCCUGUCGUUCCCUUACUCUUGCUCUCUGUGUGACAUCACCGUGAUGUCAGAGAAGGUGUGGAUCAAACAUAUCAACGGGCCUCACCAUGCGAACGGACAGCUCAGCCUGCUGCAGCAGUUUCCUCACUGGGACUGUCGCAUGGAGUCAGUCAGCAGUGCCGACAGCCAAUCAAAGAAGAACGAUGAGGGGAAACCUGCCCGGCAACAGAAAGCCAAUCAGAAGUCCUCCGGUCUGUUGGUCCUAAGGUCUGUUUUCUGUUUGACAGACCCCCAGCCGAAGAAAGCCCCCCAGAAGAAGGUGUCGGACAAAUGUAAAGUGGUGUGUGUGAAGUUUCCCGCUCAGUCUGUCGACGAGUCGUACCUGAGGAAACUGACCAAACCGUUCGGAAAGAUCGUCAAGAUCCUCAUGUUCCCGUCUCUGGCAUUUGUGGAGCUGGGCUCGGCCGACCAGGCGAGGGAUUUGGUAAAACAUCACGACAACUUUCCUCCCACGUUGAACGGAGCGACGAUCGAGUUCAGACUGUCCAACACCUUCAACUUCCUGCAGAGCUCUCGGGUGGUUAGUUUCUCUCCGGCACCGUCGGGGGAAGACAGCCAAUCAGAUCUGCUGAGCAUCGUCAAACGCUUCGGGGAGCCGAUCUACACCCUGUUCCUGCCGUCCAAGGCGUACGUAGAGAUGAAGGACACUCUUGAGGCUCAGAAGCUGGUAGAUUUUUACUCCUCCAAAGCUCUGAAGAUCAACACCGACUCCAUCACCGUCUCCUUCUCCGGAGAGUUCAAGACCCUCGCGAGCGUCACUGCAGCCACGAGCUACGAAGAUACGGUUUCCAGGAAGAGGACUAGGAGAACUAGUCGAGAGGAAGAAGACAAGAUGGCCGAGACCAAGAGGAAGAGGAGGAGCAGCAAAGACCAAGACGAGGAGAGGUCCAGUUCCACAGAUACAAACCCUAAAGAAGACAGAACCAAGUCCAGGUCCAGAGAGACAUCUAGAGAUAAAAACACUAAAGACAAGAGCCCCAGAGAGAAAUCCAGGUCCAGAGAGAAAUCCAUCAGAAGCAAGUCAACCAGAACCAGGUCUAGAUCCAGAGGAAGGUCUAUUAGCGAGAAGAGGUGCAGGUCUAAGUCUAGGUCCAAAGACAAAUCCAGCAGAGACAAGACGACCAGAACUAGAUCUAGAUCCACAGAGAGGUCAACUAAAACGCGAGGCUCCAGGUCCAGAUCCAGAGAUAAAUCCAGAGAAAAGUCCACCAGGGAGAGGAGGUCUGGUUCUAGGUCCAGUCCCAGAGAGAAAUCCAGAGACAAGAUGAACAGAAGCAGUUCUGAUUCCAGAGAGAAGUCCUCCAAAGACGAAAACACCAGGUCCAGAUCCAGGUCCAAAGACAAAUCCACCAGCGGGUCCUCCGAGAAGAACCAAACAGAACCGAAGUCUGAGGAACUGGAGGAACUGGAGGAACCGGAGAAACUGGAGAAACCGGAGACGACCGACCUGAAACCUGGAGCUGAGGAGGAAGAGGAGGAGGAAGAGUCGUCUGCAGAGGAGAGCGACAUCGAGGGGAUGGAGGUGAUCGGGGAGGACGGAGAGAGUCUGGAGGAGGAGGAAGAAGAAGAAGAGGAGGAGGAGGAGGAACGUCCUGCUGAGAGAACAGACUUACCUGGAGCAGGUCAAAGGGAGGAGGUGAAGGAUGGAGAGGAGACACCUAUAAAGCAGCAGCAGCAGGAGGCGGAGCAGCAAGAGGAGCAGCGGGAGGAGGAGUGUGACUUCCCGCUGGGUCUGGAGGACUGCAUCACUCUGGAUGAACUGGGAGAAGACCAGUCUGAAGACAAAGACUUAGCUUCUAGACGGAUUGAGGACAAGGACCUGCUGAUUAGACAGACAGAAGACCUAGACUCAGCUUCUAGAAAGUCUCCAGAGACGGACUCAAUGUCCAAAAAGGCUAAAGACAAAGACUUGACGUCUAGAAAGACCGAAGACCUACAGUCUGGUUCCAGCAAGACCGAAGACCUAGACUCUGGUUCCAGAAAGACUGAAGACCUAGACUCUGGGUCCAGAAAGACUGAAGACCUAGACUCUGGGUCCAGAAAGACUGAAGACCUAGACUCUGGGUCCAAAAAGACUGAAGACCUAGACUCUGGUUCCAGAAAGACUGAAGACCUAGACUCUGGGUCCAGAAAGACUGAAGACCUAGACUCUGGGUCCAGAAAGACUGAAGACCUAGACUCUGGGUCCAGUAAGACCGAAGACCUAGAGUCUCAUUCUAGAAAGACUGAAGACCUACAGUCUGGUUCCAGCAAGACCGAAGACCUAGACUCUGGUUCCAGAAAGACUGAAGACCUAGACUCUGGGUCCAGAAAGACUGAAGACCUAGACUCUGGGUCCAGUAAGACCGAAGACCUAGAGUCUCAUUCUAAAAAGACCGAAGACCUAGAACCUGGUUCCAGAAAGACUGAAGACCUAGACUCUGGGUCCAGAAAGACCGAAGACCUAGAGUCUUUGUCCAGAAAGACUGAAGACCUAGACUCUGGGUCCAGAAAGACCGAAGACCUAGAGUCUUUGUCCAGAAAGACCGAAGACCUAGAACCUGGUUCCAGAAAGACUGAAGACCUAGACUCUGGGUCCAGAAAGACCGAAGACCUAGAGUCUUUGUCCAGAAAGACCGAAGACCUAGAGUCUUUGUCCAGAAAGACUGAAGACCUAUACUCUGGGUCCAGAGAGACCGAAGACCUAGAGUCUUUGUCCAGAAAGACUGAAGACCUAGACUCUGGGUCCAGAAAGACCGAAGACCUAGAGUCUUUGUCCAGAAAGACCGAAGACCUAGAACCUGGUUCCAGAAAGACUGAAGACCUAGAGUCUUUGUCCAGAAAGACCGAAGACCUAGAGUCUUUGUCCAGAAAGACUGAAGACCUAGACUCUGGGUCCAGAAAGACCAAAUUCCUAGACUCUGGGUCCAGAAAGAAUGAAGAAAAAGACUCAGACUCAGACUUGAUCUCCAAAACCACUAAAGACCUGACGCCUAGAAAGUCUAGAAAGACUCCAGAACAGGAACACUCUUCCAGGACUAGGUCGGAGAGGAUCACCAGGAGAACGGCAGAGAAAGAGUCCUCGUCUAUAACAAGUCCAAAGAACAAGACUCUGAGGAGAAAGGGGGCAGGUGAGGAGGACUCCAGGACUGAGGAGGACUCCAGGACUGGGAAGACAGACAAGUCUGGACCCCCAGAGCUGGAGAUCCACAAGGACGGGCCAGCUGAGAAGAGUCUGGAGGCUGAAGACGGAAAGUCCUCUGAAGUCCAGGACUCGUCUGAACCAGGAUUGAAGGAUUCAGAGGGUCUGGAACCACAACCUGAACAGGAGGAGCUGCAGCAGCAGAGGGACACUGCAGGAGGUUCUGAGGAGGAGCAGAGACCCUCCGGACCUGUUGGAGUGGAGUUUGUUCGUCCGGUCGUGGGUUAUUUCUGUAACUUGUGUCAGCUGAUCUACGCUGAUGAAGACGAGGCUAAAGUGAAGCACUGCAGCAGCCUGACGCACUACAGGAAGUACCAGGAGCAGACGGGGAGGGACCCGUGGAGCACAGCCUGAUCUCCAUCGGACUUUAUUUGAUAUUUUGAGUUGUGUGCUCAAAGGCUCAAACGCUCUGUGGAAGCUUUUCUGCUCCGAUCAGCUGAGAGGACAUCUGUUUUUAUGACUGUAAAUCUUUGUAGUAAAACAUGAAAAACU